CCCUUGCCUCUCCCUACCCUCCAUCAACAGGGCGACUCGGCCUCAAGAAAUCAAAAUUUUGCUCGCUAACAUAACAGUGGUAUUCAAUAGAGGCGCGCGAAUUGAAGACAUGGCUCAACUUCUAAGGGCUGAAGGCCAAAUUGAGCUCAAAUGUCACGCAGACAAAUUCUUUGAUAUUUAUACAAGAAAAGCACACCUUAUUCCAAAAAUAACCCCUAACAAAGUUCCCAAAGCUGAGCUUGUUGAGGGGGAGUGGGAUAAGGUGGGUGCUGUAUGUAAUUGGACUUAUCUCAUAGAUGAUAACGGUAAGCCAACAUUAAUUUCCGGCAAGACAAGAGCCGAGGAGUUGGAUUUCGAGAACAGGACUUACAUAUUCGAUGUUAUUGACGGACAUGCCCGGGAAAAAUACUACAAGACCUUCAAGGGCAAGAUGGAAGUAACUCCAAAGGGCGAGGGCUGCAUUAUGAAGUUGAGCUUGGAAGUUGAGAAGCUGAAUGAAGAUGCUCCUGAACCAAAUGAGCACAUCGGUUUAGAAUUCGACAUCGCAAAAGAUAUCGAUGCUUAUCUUUGCAGCACUUGAUGAAUGAUGAUGUUGAUGAUCCAUUAUUGUAUGUGCAUGCUUUACUAAUAGUCUAAUAAUAAGACUUUAUAUCGUCUCCAAAAAAAAAAAAAAUUAUAUAUUUAGCUCUUA